CUUCUUCAAGGGGAGAAUAAGAAACGAAACUACAGGAAAGAUAAACGUAAGUUGCUUCAUUUUCACCGUAGGCAUCAUUUUAAUUUAAAUGCAUGUUGAAUUGGAUAUUUUAUAUAUCAUUCCUUCUGUUAUAUAUGUAGCUUUUUAGUGAAUGUAGAUCAAGUAGAUUUAACGAAUAACGUCCACUUGCAUCUUUACGUACAACUUGUAUAAGUAAAUGCUACUUUCUUCCCGUGGUGCGAGUGUUGUUCAUGAUGGAAAGAUCGGUCAAAUCUAAAUCUACAUACGUAAAUGUAAUAUCAGUAUUGAAGAGCUAUUUGGUGUGUGUUGGAAGUUUUAAACGCCAUAUUUUGUAUUUUCAUGCAAGCAUUGUCGAGAAAGACACUGUAGGCAUGAUGUUAAAUCAUUGAAUGUGUUAUUCCUUCAGUCUGCAGACUUUUCCGUGAGUCUCACGAUUUCAUACCCUGCGAGCAAAGGCCCUUCGAUCUUCCUAGGUAAGUCAGGAAGAAGACUUAUUUAGGACGAUUGAUGGGAGUCUGCUUGCAGGGUAACAAAUUCACGACCUAUCUCAUGCUCUCACAAGGUGGCAUGCUUUCUCGAAAUGUCAAACUCCAAAAAAUUUUGAUUACCAUUUCGCUGAAAUAAUCUUCAAAAAUUAAAUGAAGACCAGCAGUCUUUAGAGCAGUUUUCAACUUCGGGAUGCAGUGAAACAACUUUACAACUUUGCUGCGAAUCAACUUCAUUAUAUGGCGAAAUGACUUUGUAGCAAAAUGACUGGACACUACAAGCUCAAUCUAAAGAAAAUGCUUAGUGGUCACAUUUGAUUGUAUUCUUCUAGCCUACUACCUACUUGCCGCUGCCACCAAAUGUGAAGCUGCUUCUCUCAAGAUGGCAGGGCUGUCAUUAAGAGGCCGGGGCCGGGGAUUUCCCCCAGCUACUAUGAACAUCUUCCCCGGCUACUUUCAAAGGAAAAUGAAAGAAAAAUAGAACCGAAAGAAAUUCCUAGCUGUUUGAUUCCCUGCCUACUUGUUGUAUUUACCCAGCAAAUUGAAAUCUUAGUGACAACCCUGAGAUGGCCUCCAACAAAUCAUAGAAAUUACAAAACCUUACUGGUAAAAUUAAUUGUGAUGUUUACUGCUCCAGCUUUAAAGUGAUGUGUGACUUCCAGUACCCGUAAUCUCCACUGAAAGUCCUUCCACCAGGAAAGUUGGAACGUCUGACGAAGUUUACUCAUUUCUCACUACUUUUCCCAGCUCUAGGUUCAGAGUCUCACAUUUUUUGCUUUUAGGGUUUGGCAAGUCUACUUCUGUUAUAGAUUUUAAGGGAAUGUAGAUAUGUAGAUUUAAUGAAUAACAUCCACUUGCACCUCUACAUACAACUGGUAUGAGUAAAUUCUCUUUUCUUCCCAUGGUGGUACUUUUUGUUGAGCUGUGUUUGCUUUAGGUAGUAGUGUUGUAGGAAAGAUCGGUCAAGUCUAAAUCUAGGCACAGCUGUUUAGGAUAAUUGAGCUUUUGUAGAUUUAGUCGAAGCUUAACCAGCUCUUCUUUCAGUGUUCUUUUGCUGCUUAAUUUAGCCUAUGCAUGCAUGCGAAUUUAGUUUUAGAUACAGAAAAUGCCAAAGUCACUGUAAGACCACCCUGUUUCUAAAACUAUAACAAAAAUGAUCAUAUCUUUUCUUUUUACAUUUCGUUAUCUUAUUGGCUGGGAAAAACAAUUAUUAUAAUAAGUUAUGUUUUAGCCAAGCAGACACAGCAACCAAAACUGUAAACAACAAAAUUUGCAUACUGCUAUACAUUGCCUUCUGUUUUAUACAAAAAUAAAUUGCUCCAUGUCACCAGCCACGCUGUACACCUGUCAGAAAAGUAUUAACAGUUUCUGCUAAAAAUUGUAACUAAUAAACCAUUCUUUCCGCAAAGUAAAAUAUAAUAAUUACUUUGAGAAGCAGUACAAAUCAAAAUCUGUGUGGCUUGUCACAUUCAAAGUGAUGGAUUAUGUUAUGUGUGAAAUCAUGCAGAAUGGGUUUUGAACAUCAAGGCGGACCCUUUCAUUUUGUACAAAACAACAUUUUCUCUAGGCUUAAGUAAACUCUAACCAAACAAGCCAAUGUCAGCAUUUUUCUGCCUGCUUAACUGAACCCUAUACUAGAAGUGAGAGUGCCCUUCUAAGCAACGGGGAAAUUUCUUUCACUCACUUGAAACCAAGUGUUAGUCACCUCAGGUGACUGGGUGCCCUUAGGAACAACCUUGGUCAAUAUUGGGAUCACAAGCAUCAUAGAGGAAGACACUUGAUUAGAUAGUACAGAAACAUUGUUAUUGUGAACUGUUUUUUCUGUCCCUGCAAAAAUGUCUUAUACUUUCUUUAAAUAUAGAGAGUUUCACACGCAGGCAAUGAAGACUUUUUUCUUUUCCAGUAGUCAGACUCUCAUAGAAAGUUAACGUUGUUGAUACAGAUAAUUUCUGUUUAAUCAAUUCUGCAUUGUAAAGAGCUUCACCUUUUCUUAAGGUAAAAAAACCUUUGGACUGAUGCAUGUGGAUUUUCACAGCUUGAACUAUUAUUAUGAGAUAGUACCAUAGACACUGGUGCCAAAAAAGUCAGCAAUAAUUAAUGUCCAGAAUUUGUGAUAAGUAUUUGUUGUUACAAAUUGCAGACGUAAAUUAUUGAUGACUAUUUUGGUACCAUUGUUUGUAUUAACAGGGUUUAAAUAUACAUGUAUUUCAAUAGUGGAAUAAAGAGGAUUGAAGUUUCAAGGUUUUAGAUUUGUCUGCAGUAGGGAAAACAUCAAGUUCGCUGUGUCAUUGACUGAAGUAACAUUAUUAUGAUUUAUUAUUGGUUGUGUUGUUUCUUUUUUUGGCACUGUAGCGUGGGAUCAUGAUGGCAUUGAUCACUGGAAAAUAGAGUCUUUCACAGCUGAAGACAAUCCACAUGGAAUGUUAGAAGAAAGUUCUUUUGCAACUUUAUUUCCAAAAUAUAGAGAAAAAUAUCUGCGCGAAUUCUGGCCACUGGUGGAGAAAAAACUUAAGGAAUAUGUAAGUACAUGCAUUAGCUACAAUCGGCGACAAAAUUGUUGAGACAUUGUACUUAAAUAGGGUAAUUUCGGAGAACAAAAGAAUCCGCACCCCUCCCCUGUCCCCUCCAUUCAAAGUUGGGGUGUUUGUUGUUUUCUACAGGUAGCUAGAACAAGGGCACAGCACAGAGGGGAUGGGGGAGGAAAGCUAUAUUUCCUCCUUUUGAAGUUAAUAAAACGUAAAAAAGCCCAGUUUUGGGUGAAGCGUCUCAACUCAUUUUGUCGCCGUUUGUAGGGUUGUAGACUGUAUCCAGUCACUAGUGCUAUUAAAUCUGACAUGGUCUGGUUAGUGCUAUUUUAAUGCUGUACAUAACUUUAACAAAUUCUCUAAUCUGAUUGGCUAACAUCUGCCCUGAAUUCAGCAUUAAUUGGACAGUGUAAUAGUAUAGUAUGCAUGAUAUUUAAAUAUUCAUAACUGAACAGUACACACCACUAUGCCUGCACACUUGAAACUCCGAUCUCGGAAUAUCUUGUGUUUUGAUUUUAAAAAUUUAGUAUUAGUAAGCAUAAAGUAUCACAAAUUUUGUUAUACAUGUAGUGAUGAUUAUUAUUGGUGACAGAAGUUCAUGAAUGUGUAAUGUGUAAUGUCAUGGAUCAGGGGACAACAAGGCAUGCCCUCUUUACAUAUUAACACGUUAACAGUAAGUUCAGACUUCAGCAUGUUGUCCAAUUCAGUCUGUAAUCAUUCUCAAGAUUUUGAUUAAAAAACAAAACAAACUGGAUGACCAUUGUUGUUAAUCACUCAUGUGAUUACAGACCAUAUUGGUUUUAGCCUCCCAAGGUGACGUUCUUUUGGCUCAUCACACAAUCCUCCCAAAUGACGGAACGAUUAACAAAGCCCUAAGAACAGCUGCGUGGGAGGCUAAAUUGGACUCCAGUAGAGUCCUAUUACUGUUAUGAAUCUGUAAAAUUAACUUUAUCUCUGCUAUUGUUUAAAGGGAAUAAAGUGUCAAUUGGAUGUUAUUGAGGGAAGCAUGACAGUUAGCACAACAAGGAAGACUUGGGAUCCAUACAUCAUAAUCAAAGCUAGAGACAUGAUCAAGCUCAUGGCAAGAAGUGUUCCUUUUGAGCAGGUUUGCAUUUUGUGUUGGGUCAAUGUUAUUCAGGGUUCACACUGUCUUGAAAAGUCCUUGAAUUUUCUUCAUCUUUAAAUUUACAUGUAGUGGCCUAGCAGCAUGUGCAAAGAAAGUGGUGUCGCAUAGCCCGGGGCUAGUGGAGUUUGUUACUGGGCUAGUGAAUUCUGUUCUCAACUUGCCCGAUGGGCAGGUAAAGUUUUUUGGGGAAUUCACGGUAAUCAAUCCUGCUCAUCAAAAAAAAUUUUUUCGGCCUAUAUAAAGUGACUCUUGGGCUAGUACAUUCUAGCUACAGCUUGCCCGAAUGGUAAGCUGUAAAAUGGACUUUCUUGGCACCCUGCCUAGAAGGAGUUUUUUUAAAUGCGUUUUGGUAGUCCAAGACAAAUCAUAGCUCAGAGAAGACAAAGUGAUUUGUAUAAAACAUCUAAGUUUUGUUUUGUGCAGUCCAAGACAAAUCAUAGCUCAGAGAAGUCAAAGGUGAUUUGUAUAAAACAUCUAAGUUUUGUUUUAUGCAAUAAUUAACCCCUAUCAAUAUAAGACAAGUGAACUGAAAAAUUUAGAGAAGUUGGUGGAGCAAACAUUUCAAACCUUAAUGUUCUGUUUAGUGUUAGAAUGGGCUGGGAAUGUGCAUGUUUGUACAGUCUGUUACAUUACAUUCCUGAAAGGUGGUCCUUGAAAAUCAAAUGUGGUCCUUAAAAAGUUCUUGAAAAGUCCUUGAAACAUCCUGCCAUGUCAGGAAUGGUGCUCCAGAAAUUAUUUCCCAUCAUACCCCAAAAUCAUUUUGAAUUUAUGAAUCAUUCUGUGACAUAUCACAUAUCGCAACAGGCAUUUUCGCCAAAGGACUUAUGUCUUGCUUGUUACAAUUUUAAGGGUUGUCAACAUAUGCUGACAACCAGCGCUGUCGCAGCCUACUUUGAGGUCUUCACCGGCUGUAAAUUGUCAAUAAUUGUAAAUCACAAGUGUUAAUGUGUUCCCCUACCCGGAAAACACAUAAUUAUCCCUAGUGUAAUGCUUUUUUCCCACCCAGGAACAAUUCCCAGCAAUAAGAAUAAGUGUUCCUCUACCUGAAAUACACAUACCGGUACCUCCCCCACCCGGGAAACACAUAUCCCUAGUGGAAUGUGUUAAUUUCCCCACCAGGAUCAAUUCCUAGUGAUAUAAUGUUCCUCUACGUGGGAACCACAGAUCACUGGUAAUAUGUCACAGGAAACUUUUUGUAAUUCCCAAACUGGGAAAAUGUUGGGGAUUUUUCCCAUUAUUGGGAAAUGUUUGGGACAACAUUUUCCUCUCAUGGGAAAUGAUUGGUAAAAGUUUGGGUUUAUUUUUCCCAAUGCUGGGUUCACUUUGGGAAAUGAAGCGAAAUAUCUUUUAAAAUACCAAUGUUGGGAAUCCAAUGGGUCUUCUCCCCAGAAUAUGGGAAAAUGAUGGGACUAUUUUUUCACAAUUUGGGAAAUAUUUCAACAUGUUAUUCCCAAUUUUGGGAAAUGCAAGGGACAAGAAAUCCCCACCUUGGGAAAGGGUUGGUUAAAUUUAGGGUUACGUUUUCCCAAUGCCGUGUUUAGUUCGGGAAAAUAUGCAAUAUAGAUUCCAAGAUCCCAACAUUGGGAAACCAAUGGGUUUAUUUCCCAAAAUAUGGGAAAAUAAUGGGGCUAUUUUUUCACAAGUUGGGAAAUAUUGCAACAUGUUAUUCCCAAUUUUGGAAAAUGAAAGGGACAAGAAAUCCCCACCUUGGAAAAGGAUUUGAUUAAAUCUAGAUUUGUUAUUCUGAUGACUAUUAAAUUGGGUGGAAAAGAAUACAAUAAUCUUGUGUUAGCAUUACAAUGUAAGGGUUAGGCCAACAAUUGUAUUCUUUCAUGGGAAAUAUUGAAUAAAUUCCAAUCCAAAAACAGAAAAGGAUUAAGAAUAAUAUUUUUCAUACACAUAAUGUUUGGUAACUAGUAAAUCUUCCCAAAUGUUGAGUUUAGUUUUGAAAGAAAUGACAGACUGCUCUUGAAAUACCAACAUACAUAGUGUACAAAUAAUGUUUAAAAAGUUUAAUUUUCCAAACAUCAUAUCUACUAAGUUUAGAACAAAACAGUUAAAGUUUCAUUGGCUUAUUUGAAAACCAAAAGUAUGGUAAUUCAGUGCAUAUACUUGAUCGCAUGCAGCCGCUUCAAUAUAAUUAACUAUGAAUGAUCCCACUAGGCGCAUAACUCUUCUCGAUAUCAAGGUGUCCUCUGUUGAGAACUGAAAUUUCCCCAGUUACUCGAGUCCCGUCUGAUUAAUGAAAUUGCUUUGCAUGGAGUUUUCGGCGAACUACAUUUUUCGCCGCAUCUGUGAAUAGGCCCGGCGCCUUUUUUCAAAGGUUCCCUCACCUGGGAGAACAAUGCAAUAUUUUCUCCUCGCUGCUUUACUCUUUGCGAGCGUCGCCAUAGUGCAUUUAACUCUGAAACGGACCACAAGUUAAAGCUUUCAAAGACACACAAUCUUUGUGCCGUCGAAUUGCCGCCAUGUUUGGUACUUGAACUGGCUUCCAGGCCUCCGCUUAGUGACGCGCGAUCACGUGCGGCUUUUGAACCAAUAGAAAUGUGUACAAGAUCAGUUUUCUUGGUUCAAAUCUUUUGGCGGACUUCUGUGCAGUACAACAGUGGUGUGCAAACGGAUUGUGUUUAUAAUGGAUGCAUCCAAAGAUUUUAGCGCAAAAUAUUCACUUGUGAGGUUGCUUACAUUUGUCUUGUUUCAAAAUCGUCUUCUAUUAAACAAUGACUCAGUUGGAUCGCGCAUUAAAGAGGAAGGUAUGUGUGGAAACUCAUGUUUGGUUGCUCCGUUGAGAUCUUACGAGGCUCGAUUGUCUCUUGUCGGGUGCUAGUUGUUCGUUUUAUUGAUGAAGUUUCCACCUUUUUUUGUUUAUACAGAUGACUGUGGUCUUUGCUGCAAAUCGUCCACGGAAUCCUUUAGAAUAAUUCUGUUCUGGCGGAAUAUUGAAAUCGAAGACUUCGAUGUAUUAGAGGAAAUAUAAAAAUGUUCUGGCAUGUCCGCUAUGUAAAAACUAUACAAGAGACUGGUUCAUUUAUUAUAAUUAUGACUUGACGCUGUUUUUUCCCAGGUAGGACUUAGCUAUAACUAAAUACCCAUAGUAAUUCUGAUAUAAAUGUCGCUCUUAACCAUGAAAAUGAAGUUAAAGGACAUUUGAUGUGUUCAUAAAGGCACUGAGCUGUUUGAUGAAUGUACGGAAUAGCCUUCGACAAUAUAAAAAAAAAAAAAUAUGACUCUGCAUAAAGGCAUUGCUCUAUGGUUGAUGAAUGAACUUAAAAUAAACAGUUUAAUAUAUUUUUAUGAUAUAUUUUUCAAUGAUAUUGUAUAUUUUGGAUGUUAUAUUUUCAUAUAAAGAGAUACAGAUUAAAUACCUGUUUAGUAACAAUCAACCAGUUUGAAUUGACACCUGCAUUGUCAUCUAAAAUAAAUGUUACUGUUAACCAUAUUAAUAUUGUCGAACCUUUAUUUUGUGUUUUACAAUUGGACCAAUACAUGUAUUUUUAAAGGCUGCUUGAUUGAUCACAAUGACAUUCUGGCCAAUGUUAUCCCAUUAUUGAAGAUCAACUGGGGCAAUAAAAACCCAUCUUUGGAGUAUUACUAUCCCAAUAUAUUCCCAUACCUCGGGUUUAAAUUGGUCCAAUAGUAUCCCUUUAAUGGGAUAAAAGUGGACCAAUGUUAUACCACUAAUUGGGGAUUACCUGGGGCAAUAAAAACCCAUGGUUGGGGUAUUACUGUUCCAAUAUAAUCCGUACAUUGGGUUUCAGAUGGCCCAGUAUUAACCCACUAUUGGGGUUCAACUGGGACAAUUGAAUCACAUUUUUGGGAUUUUUGUGGGUUGGUAAAAUCCCAUUAAUGGGAUAAAUAUGGGACGCGAAAACUCCAUUCCUGGGUUAAAGUUGGUACACUAAAAUCCCAAUUUGCGGGUUUUUAUUGGGUUUACUUGAACCCAAUAUUGGUUUUGGUAGCAUUUUCCCAAUUUGGGAAAUUACAACCAAAACCCAAGAAAACCCCACAAAUUUCCUGGGUUUUUCCCACUUUGGGAAUCACCAAAAAUUCCCUGUGUGUGCUACCCUACCCCGGAAACACAUUCCAUUAGAGAAAUGUGUAUGCCUACCAGGAAAUCACAUUUCCCUAAUGAAACAUGUAUGUGUUGCCCUACCCAGGAAACACAUAUCCCUAGUGAUAUGUGUUUCCUGGAUAAAAGAACACAUAGCACUAGUGAUAUCUGUUUCGGUGUAGGGAGAACACAUAUCACAGGGGAACACAUAUCACUGUGAUGUCACAGUAAUAUGUGUUAUCCGUAACACAUAUCCCUGUGGGAAUGUAUUUUCCUUACCUGGGAACAGUUCCUACUGAUAUAUGUUCCUCUACAUGUUAUACUAGGUUACGUAUCACUAGAACACAUAUCCUACAACCAUAUCGCUAAAACACGUAUCAGUACUAGAUAAAUAUCAUAUCACUAGAACACAUAUCACUGGUGAUAUGUGUUCUCCUACCUGGAAAACACAUUCCACUAGUGAUAUGUGUUUCCCUACUGUCCUGGGAAACCCUUGACACUGAAUUAAGUAUUAAUGAUAAACUUUAUACCAGUAUAAAGAGUAAUCCAUUUAUUUUUUUCUAUACAAUCACGGACACCGAAGAUAGUCCCGAUAUCUCAAGCACAUUGUCCUUUUGUGCUUGGAAUAUUAAUGGCCUUUCUUCGAAAUAUCUUGGAAAUAAGUUAGAUAAUACUGAUUUUGUGAGUGUUAUUAAUAACUCCGAUUUUAUAUUGUUAACAGAAAUUGGCAACUGCUCUAAUCUGGAAAUUGCGGGAUACAAAUCUUUUUUUCAAUGUCCUACACCAAAUCAGUCGGGGAGAGGUGGGCGUAACUCCGGAGGAAUCGCUUUAUUUUAUAAGAACAAAUUCCAUAAAAACAUUUCCAUCACUAAAACAACUCAGUAUUUUAUUUGGUUUAAAAUUGAGAAUCGUUUUCUAAAUUCAGUGAAGAAUAUUUACGUCUGUGGUGUCUAUAUACCCCCCUGUAACUCAAAAUACUUUGAUAACGAAAUUUUUGAUCAGCUAGAACAAGACAUAGUACGUUUUUCUUCGAAAGGAUCAAUAAUUCUCAUGGGUGACUUUAACUCGAGAACCGGGAAAUACUCUGAUACUGUCUCAAAGGAGGGAAACAGUAGAAUUAGUAAUGAUCAGUCGGAAUCUGCUUUCCAGCCAACUCAAAGAAACAGUUUUGAUAAUGUUUUAAAUAGCCAUGGGAAACGGCUGUUGGAAAUUUGUAAAACCUUUGACCUAAGAAUAGUUAAUGGCAGAGUUAAUGGAGAUACCCUAGGCAGACCCACUUUUCAUGGAAAAAACGGAACGAGCGUUAUUGAUUAUCUAAUAUGUGAUUGGUGUACAUUUCACAACGUUGCAAAUUUUGUUGUUAAACAGCCAUCUUAUUUAUCGGAUCAUAGUGCCAUCGUGGCAUGGCUCAAUCUUAACACCAGGUUAAUUGGAGACGAAAUGCACACUCCAAAUAGUAGCAAUAGAUUAUCAAAAUUACCACGGCAAUUUUGCUGGGAAGUUGACUCACACUUAAAAUUCAAAACGCACUGCGCCUGGAACCAAUCCAAAUUCUAAUUAGACAAUAUAUGGAGAGAAACACCAAAGAUGUGAAUAUCUCCUUAGAAAACACUAUGAAAAUUCUAACUGAGAGCUCCAAGCUAUGCCUAAAAAUUAAAGCUAAGAAAACUUAUAAGCGUAUUAAGAAAUCAUCCAACAAGAAAUGGUUCGACUGUGAAUGUCGCUUCAAAAGGCAUGAAUUACGAAAAGUCUCAAAUGAAAAGCACCGUGACCCCCUCAACUCCGAAGUGUGGGAAAGAUAUCACAAAACCUUGAAUGAUUACAAAAAGCUCCUAGACACAAAGAAGAGAGGAUUCCACAAAGAAAAAACAUUACAACUCGAUUUAACUAGUUUUUUAAAUCCUGACAAGGCGUCAUUUUGGAAUUGUUUAAAUUCGAUGAGCGACACUUUCAACGAAAAUGUUCCUGCCCCAAUCUCGGAAGAAUCAUGGCUUCACCAUUUCAAAUCUCUGCAUUCUAUUGACCCGGCCAAUUCCACGCAUGAACAUGAAAUCCAUAGGGAACUAGAUUCUUUAAAACACUAAAAGGAACAGUUUAACCAUCUCGAUUAUGAGAUAACUGAGAGGGAAAUACGUCAAGCGGCGAAGAAAUUGAAAAAUAAGAAAUCACCAUUUGUUGACAAAAUACGAAAUGAAAUGAUCAAAGCAAGCCUCGAACCACUAAUGCCUGUCUAUGUCAAACUUUUUAACCUCAUCUUACAAUCCGGAAAAAUGCCAGAUGUUUGGUGUCAAGGCCUCAUAACCCCAAUUUACAAAUCUGGUGACAAGAGUGAUCCAACAAAUUACAGAGGCAUAUGUGUUUCUAGUUGCCUUGGAAAACUGUUCUGUUCUAUUUUAAAUCGAAGACUUCACUUGUAUUUUGAGGAAAAUAAGAUAUUACAUAAUUCCCAAAUUGGCUUUUUGCCUGAAAACCGCACUGCAGACCAUGUUUUCACUCUAAGGAUCCUAAUAGAUAAAUAUGUGCAUUAUCACAAGGAAAAAGUCUACGCUUGUUUUAGUAGAUUUCCAUAAGCGUUUGACUCUGUUUGGCACGAAGGAUUGUUUUAUAAGCUGCUAAAAACGAAUAUAGGAGGAAACUUGUACAACCUCAUGAAAAGUCUUUAUUGCAACUCGACAUGUUCCAUCAAAAUCGGUGAAAACAAAACACAGCCUUUUUCAUAUUCCAGAGGUGUACGUCAAGGCUGUAUUUUAAGCCCUCUUUUAUUUAACCUCUAUUUAAACAAUCUACCACUUUUAUUCGAAAACACCUUAUCUGACCCAUUUGUUCUCCCAAAUGGGAAAAAAAUAAAUUCACUUUUCACGCAGAUGAUUUAGUUAUUCUAUCAAGAUCGAAAACUGGAUUACAGAACUGUUUAAAUGCGCUUUCUUUGUAUUGUGACAAAUGGAAGCUAAAAAUUAAUCCAAGAAAACAAAAAUUAUGAUAUUCCAGAAACGCCCAAAAAAUCUAUUGACAUCAAAUUCAACAUAGGCAGUGAGUCAAUUGAAAUUGUCCAAGAAUACACUUAUUUAGGUACACGUUUAACUCCAACGGGAAACUUUACACUUGCACUCGAACACUUAAAAGAAAAGGCCCUUCACGCGUUUUCUAGUAUUCGGAAGCGGACAAUUCUUAACAAACUUAGUCCUAAUACUGCAUCCCAAAUUUUUGACACCAUGGUAUUCCCAAUCUUGAGUUACAACAGCGAGGUAUGGGGAAUGUACACCAAGCAAGAUUUUAAAAAAUGGGAUAGCUCCCCAAUAGAAAAAAUCCACCUCAAAUUCUGUAAACGUUACUUAGAGGUUAACAAUAAGGCCUCUAACAUAGCCUGCAGAGCUGAACUUGAUAGACUGCCGCUGCUUAUCCCGAUAAAUCAGAAAAUUAUGAAAUAUUUUGUUUACCUCAACAACAAAGAUAAUGACUCUAUAGUCAAACAGUCUUUCCUUAUGUCAAAGAAUCUACAUUCCAUGAAUAAUUCCGGAUAUUUUUCCAAUUUCAUAAACAUGCUUGAACAAUACAAUCUAACCAGUUUAGAUGCUGAAUCUCUAGAUAAUGAUAAAAUUAGACGAUAUACCACAGAAAUGAGAGAGAAAUAUCUAUCUUUUUGGCGGCACAGCCUCGAAAAUUCAAAAAAACUAGAAUUUUAUAAAACUUUUAAAGAUGAAUAUUCUACAUCUGAUUAUCUCUACCAGCUAAGACAUUAUGACGAAGGACAGAAUUUUGUUAAAUUUAAAAUAAGUAAUCACAAACUUAUGAUUGAACAUGGUCGAUACCAAAUCGAUCAUUUGCCAAGAGAAAAUAGAUUAUGUCCUUUAUGUAACUCAAAUCAGGUAGAAGAUGAGAUUCAUUUCCUCUUUCAAUGUAACAAAUACUCAGUACAGAGACAGGCAUUUACUAAUCAAAUCAAUCGAAUAAUACCUGAAUUUGACAAGAAAUCAUCUCCAGAAAGCAUAAAACUGAUAAUGAAUUCGAAGGAACAUCAUGUAAAUAAGUUAGUUAUGAAGUUUGUUUCCUCCUGCAUGAAAAUACGUGAUUCAUUGUUAGUAAUGUAACCGAAUUUUUCUAGAUUAUUAUUAGUGCUGUUUUGUUUUAUAUUUUGAUUGUCAUAUACAUGCUUUUGCAAUACUGUAAAAUGAUGCGGUCAUGCAAAUAAAGCAAUUUAUUACUAUUACUAUUACUAAGUGAUGUGUGUUCCCCUACCCAGGAAACACAUAUCCCUAGUGAUUUGUUUUCCUCUACCCAGGAAACACAUAUCCCUGGUGACAUGUGUUCCCGUACCUCGGAAACACAAAUCCCCAGUGAAAUGUGUUCCCCUACCCAGGAACCACAUUUCCCUACUGAUAUGUGUUCCCUUACCUAGGAAACACAUACCCCUGUGUUCCCCUACCUGGGAAACACAUAUCCCUAGUGAUAUGUGUUCCCCUACCCAGGAGACACAUUUCCCUAGUGAUAUGUGUUCCCCUACAAGGGAAACACACAUCCCUAGAGAUAUGUGUUCCCCUACCCAGGAAACACUUAUCCCUAGUGAUAUGUGUUCCCCUACCCGAGAAACACAUAUCCCUAGUGAUAUAUGUUCCCCUACCCAGGAAACAUACCCCUAGUGAUAUGUGUUUCCCUACCUGGGAAACACAUCUCCCUAGUAAUAUGUGUUCCCCUACCGGGGAAACACAUAUCCCUAGUGAUAUGUGUUCCCCUACCCAGAAAACACUUAUCCCUAGUGAUAUGUGUUCCCCUACCCAGGAAACACAAUUCCCUACUGAUAUGUGUUCCCCUACAAGGGAAACACCCAUCACUAGUGAUAUGUGUUCUCCUACCCAGUAAACACGUUUCCCUACUAAUCUGUGUUCCCCUACCAAGGAAACACAUACCCCUUGUGAUAUCUGUUCCUCUACCUGGGAAACACAUACCCCUAGUGAUAUGUGUUCCCCUACCUGGGAAACACAUACCCCUAGUGAUAUGUGUUCUCCUACCCAGGAAACACAUACCCCUAGUGAUAUGUGUUCCCCUACCCAGGAAACACAUACCCCUAGUGAUAUGUGUUGCCCUACCUGGGAUACACAUAUCCCUAGUGAUAUGUGUUCCCCUAACACAUAACCCUUGUGAUAUCUGUUCCCAUACCAGGGAAACACAUAUCGCUACUGAUAUGUGUUCCCUUACCUGGGAAACACAGACCUCUAGUGAUAUGUGUUCCCCUACCUGGGAAACACAUACCUGUAGUGAUAUGUGUUCCCCUACCUGGGAAACGCAUAUCCUUAGUGAUUUGUGUUCUCCUACCCAGGAAACACAUUUUCCGACUGAUAUGUGUUUCCCUACCUGGGAAACACAUACCCCUAGUGAUAUGUGUUCCCCUACCCAGGAAACACACAUCCCAAGUGAUAUUUGUUCUCCUACCCAGGAAACACAUGUCCUUAGUGAUAUGUGUUCCCUUACCCAAGAAACACCUAUCCCUAGUGAAAUUAUGUGUUCCCCUACCCAGGAAACACAUUUCCCUACUGAAAUGUGUUCCCCUACAAGGGAAACACACAUCCCAAGUGAUAUGUGUUCUCCUACCCAGGAAACACAUUUUCUUAGUGAUAUGUGUUCCCUUACCCAAGAAACACCUAUCCCUAGUGAUAAUUAUGUUUUCCCCUAUCCAGGAAACAUAUCCGUAGUGACAUGUGUUCCCCUAUCCAGAAAAAAAUAUCCCUAGUGAUAUGUGUUCCCCUACCUCGGAAACAAUUCCACUGAGUGGCUAGACUUCAAGCGAAGUUGAACCUGAGGCUUCAACUCGAAAUCAAGUGCCCUAAACUACUCGGCCAUGUUAAUUCUUCUUAUUUAUUGAUCAACAGAUGUUGAACAGGGUAUCACGUAUUGUUCAAUGUUGAAAUAGGCCAUUCGAUCUGUUUAAGGAUGUUGAACGAGAAUAGAGCUGGGCUCUGUUCCUUUCCACAAGUUUUAACUUUGAGCAUUGAGAGCUGGCCAACAUUAUUUUUUGUCUAUUAUUUGUUUUGAACACUCAUGAUUUGAUCGCUUGAUCAUCAUGUCCGACCAAAGGCACAUUUACAUUUGUUGUUUGUAGGAUUUCGUCGGAUAUUGGUAAAGUUUGGUCAUACAGCAUCUGAUGACCGACUUAUUUGCAGUUCUGUACAUUUAUUUGACUAUAUAUAGAUGUAGAGCUGUCUGAUGUUGUAUAAAGUUUUUGUUUUUUGUUUUGUUUAACUAAAAGUUCGUUUUAACCACUGUUUCUCAGGCUCAGCGAGUGCUAGAAGAUGAUGUUGCUUGUGACAUUAUAAAGAUUGGAUCACUAGUUCGGAAUAGAGAGAGAUUUGUGAAGAGAAGGCAGAGGCUUAUUGGACCAAAUGGAGCAACAUUGAAGGUCAGCUGGAUUGACUAACCCACCACAACCGUUAUCUUUCAUGUUCUUAUCUGAAACUACUUUUUGGUUAAGAAUUUUCCAUUCCGUUCGCACUAAACGCGGUAUUUUGAGGGCCAAAAAUGUCUUCUUAAAAGUUGCAUUGUUGUAGGUUCUCUUGUUUUAAGUUUUUCAUUUUUCCGAAUUUAUGGUUCGAUUUUUAGCUGUAUACUUGAGAUUCCAGCCAGGUAGAAUUUUUCUUCCACGCCUAACCAGCAACAACAACAACAACAAUUUUAUUCUUGCGUGCACUAACUGUUCAAUAUAGCUUGCCCCGCAAACUGAUAGCUGGAAAGCUAGUCGUGGUGGGGCAGAUCAAGUACAUGAAUAACUUAUCUACUAAAAACAAAAACACUACACUUUACAAAGCCUUGCAGAGUGCAACUUUAGUUCGGCAAUUUCGUUACGCAAAGCCAAAGUCGCUUCAACCACAUCGGUUUAUUUCAUGAUCUAGUUGUUUGUACUUUUGUGUUUUUUAGGCUCUUGAACUUCUCACACAAUGCUACAUUAUGGUUCAAGGAAACACUGUAGCGACAUUGGGUCCUUACAAAGGUCUCAAGCAGGUAAGGACAAAAUUGAUUUGCUCGUAUCAGCAUUCUUAUCUAUGAAUACACCUUGCAUUUUCCAAUUAUUUUAGUCACUUAAUGAGCAGUAUCUCAUUGAAUUAUCACAGUUAAAAACUAACCCUUUCAUUCGUCUGGUGCUUCUCCACCCCACAUAUAAUGUAGAAACGUCAUUUUGCUAAUGCAAAGUAUUUCAGGUUACAUUAUAAACAGGUUCUAAUAAUUACUGUUGUGCUUUUGUCGUUUGGUUUACCUCAACUGAUUUCAGCAGCUCUUCAUACAAGUCUCUUGUUGUGAACUGGUGGUGACUCCGAUAUAUAGAUAUAAUAUUUUGUAUACUGUUUGGUUGUACAGGUUCGCAAAGUUGUAGAAGAUACCAUGAAAAACAUUCACCCUAUUUACAACAUAAAGGUAAUACUGAUAAAUCAAAGGUUGCUGUUGAAAUAACAUAUUUUUUAUGUUAAGGUUAGCUUAGACUGAAUUCGUGUGUUUUAAAACCACUUCGCCUGAGAUUAUGUGAUUGUGGUACAACUAGCUUGAACACAUUCAAAUCAAAACAUUGAAAACAUUCAAAUUUAAAUCGUAAGAUAUUGAGAUCGUUUUCACUCACGUGGUCGGAAGCUACGCAAAAUUGUUAGAAAAAAAAUUAAGUUCUGUUAGUAUAAGAAAAGAGUUCAAUCCCCACACGAAUUUCUUGGUUCACCAAUUCCUCAUGUUCCCAGCGAGUGAAAAAAUGGGUGCGAAAUGCGAUGACAAAACUUUUUGGGAUCGUUUGGAGAGACAGCAUGAAGGUCAACAAACAUGAUGCACUAUAAGUGCCGUGUUGCAAACUGCAAGGCAACUAAUCUUUACUAUAACCUAAUUCUUAAGACCUUGUUGCACCAGGUAUGUCUUCUUCAGUCAGAAUAAUCUUGAGUGCGUCUUUAACAGGUGACUUGCUGCUGUCCGCCAUGUUUCUGCUGUGCCUCCAAACGAUUCCUAAAGCGUUUGCUCUCAUGACUCGUACCAGUUCCUCGCUCGUUUAGAACAUGGCUAAUGGGGAGAUUUGGGGCGAAAUGACGACGUCACAAAAACCAAAUUUGCGAACUUGUGGGAAUGGUUUGCAUAUCCAGAAAGAGCAACAUGAAAAUGUUUACUUGCCAAAAACCAGCCUGUUGGUGCAAAUUGGUGAGGAUAUAUAAGCAACGUUAUGUUUCCAAUGACUCCAUAUAAAUCCUUCUAAAGUAGGCCUGGAUCGUUAACGUUACCAUCCAAGCCAAUUUUAAAAGGAUUUAUAUGGAGUCAUCAGAGCAAACCGGUGCUUAUAUCUACCCGCCAAUUUGCACCAACAGGCUGAUUUUUGGCAAAGGGCUUUUUCAUCUUUUUCUUUCAGAAUAUACCAAUCAAUCCCAGAAUUUCACAAAUUUGAAUUUUUGUGAUAUCUCACUUCUCUAUUUUUAAGAUUUUUAUACUUCUGCGUCAAUCACCUUAUGUUUAUCAUACGUGGAGGUAUCCUUGUACGCCUACGUAUCAGGUACCUCACCGUCUUCUUAACUGGGGAAGGGUCUCUUUAGAAAAGAGGUUCUUUAAUUAACUCUUGCUGACUAUACAUAUGAUUAUUUUCUCUUUAAACAGACUCUAAUGAUCAAAAGAGAGUUAGCCAAAGAUCCACAGCUGAAUAAUGAAUCAUGGGACAGGUUUCUGCCUAAGUUUAAACAGACCAAUGCAAAGAAAGUCAAGAAACCCAAGUUUAAAAAGAAGACCUAUACGCCCUUCCCACCACCCCAAACGGAAAGCAAGGUUAGAAUUUACUGUUACAUUUGUAUUCCAUUAUACUAUUGCAACAAGGUAGUAAGUGAAAUGCCAUCUUCUAGACACACACUGAUAACAUCUUAUCGAGCUAUACGAAGAUAUAUAGCACAGACCGCUACACUGACCUAUGCAAAGCAAUAUGAGCCAUACACUGCUAUAGUGAGCUAUACAUUGCUAUACCUAAUGAUCUACACAGUUCUUUACUGAGAUGAGCAGUACACAGCUGUAAUUAGCUAAAAAUCGCUUUACACAGUUAUACAAGUACUGAGCUAGAUUUAGCUAUACACCGCUAGACGGAAUGCAGAUGCUUUUCAGGUCAGGUCAGGCCAAGAGUCUGCAACUGUUAACUCUGUUACCCGUUACAACCUGCUGCAUGGACGGGUCGUCGGUUUAAAGCUACCUUGAUGCACCCAUGGUCCAAACAUGGGCACCUAAUCCACUACAUUCUUGUGUGUCAGGGAGACUAGCGGGACGUGUCUCACACCAGAGUAAUGCCUAACCCUGAAUGUCAUUCAGGCCACCGCUUCUUCCGUUGUAAGCUGAACGUCCUCUUUAAACCUAAGCAGGAGACACCGUGUCACCGAACUACGCUUUAACUCUAGCAAGACUAAGUUCUAGCUUGAAACACAGUGCAAACUUGAGUGUGAACUAUUUAGUUGACACUCGACCUGAAGCACAAUGGGCCAUCUCAAGAACACUGUUCUGCAGGCUGCUUAGGAAUUACUAGGUUUCUCGUCAAAGAAAAACAAAGAUUGAUUCGACGAGAACAACUGGGAAAUACAGCAACUUUUCGCGGAGAUAAAGCCAGAAAACCAAGCCCAUCUGACUUACCCUUUCUGUUCUUAAAGAAAAGCAGCCUUCCGCUGCUUCUCUUGCCUAAUGCUUCAACGCAAGCUGGCAGAGAUCCAAAAUAAGUGGUGGAAUGGCCCUGCGGAGGAUCCAUACAUUGCCGGCAAAUAUGGCUUGUUCUACCAGGCCAUGAGAGCAGUGUAUGGUCCCUCUUACCAAACGUUAAGCCCUCUCCGAAGUUCAGAGGUCAAAAAACGUCUGACAGACAAGGCCUCUAUUGUGGGCCGCUAGUCUGAACACUUUAAAGGACUCUUCAACGCCAACAGCUCAGUUCAAGAUGCUGCGAUCAACCUCAUCCCAGAACACCGGAAAAAAACCUGGCUGGACGGUUCCCUAAAACUCCAGGAAGCCAUAAAAGCGAUCGAGACCCUGAAAUCUGGCAAGACCGCAGGAGAUGACGGCAUUCCCCCCGAAGUAUGAGUCACCGGUGAACCCUCGCUCCACAUGAACCUCCGUGAAUUCCUUAUUCUUUAGGUGUUGGGAGCACAGUAGACUGUCUAUUUCUAUCAUAUUCAUGUCCUGUAAAGAUUCCGCCAGCGCUGCCUGUGUACCAUCCUAAGAAUUCAUUCAACAUAAACUUAGACGUCCUUGAGAAUGCUAGGAUCACUAGCGGCGAGUCAAUCCUCAUGAAGACGCAGUUGUGCUGGGCAGGACACGUCUUUAGAAUGCCCGACCACUGCCUAGAUCACACUAUUCGGAGAACGCUCGAUCGGUCACCGCAACAAAGACAAGAUAAACAAGGCACUCAAUGCCUGCAGCAUUGACCGCAAACACUGGACUAUUCUAAGGCUGCCGGCAGAAUUGCUUGGCUCUGUAGCGUCCGCCAAGGCACCAUCUCCUUUGGUGCUAACUGACGUGCCACUCUAUAGGAAAAGAGGCUAAAGAGGCAAAGCUGUUCUCACCCUUCAUCAGGCAUUCCCCUUAUUAUCUCUUAUUAGCUGUUGCGGUAUCAGCCUUAAUUGUCAGCCACCAGUUUGCCCAGACAGGACACACUGAAUCUUCUAUUCUGGAGUGAACGCCAACAAGACUACACAGAUGCAAAUAUCCAUAUACUGUGCUCUGCUAAACUAUACUCCGCUUUACUGAGCUAUAAACGACUGUAGUCAGCUAUAAAGAGCCAUGCAUACACCGCUCUGCUGAGCUAUUCACCGCUGUACAGAUGCUGUACAUGACUGUACUGCCGCCUGGUUGGCUCAGUUGAGAGAGCGCGGGUCUGCUGAGCGGGACUUCACAGGUUCGAACCCCGGUCGGACCAACACCCAGGGUCUUUGAAUAACUGAGAAGAAAGUGCUGCCUUUGUAAUGACAUCUGCAAAACAGUUGGACUUUCUAGUCUUCUCGGAUAAGGCCCCCGUUCAAAGGAAUCUGGGUGACAAAAAUAUAUGCGGGUUCAAAAAUGUCCCGAUUCGCGUGGACGUGGCCUAACUCAAGUUCAUAACUAAGGGCCUGUUUACAUGGGGGUGGCGGACCCCAAGUAAGGGCCUGUUUACAUUGAGGUGGGGGACCCCAGGUAGGUGAGGUAACCCUCUUAGGUGGGGUAACCUGCCUGUCUAUAUGAUGUCUCAUUAAGAGAUGAUAUGGACAGGAGGGUUACCCCACCUACCUGGGGUACCCAUGGGGUCCUCCAUGUAAACAGGCCCUAACUGUAACUGUAAUCAUCAUCGCUGGGGGUCGUUGUCUCCAACUGAUCUGCAUAAAAAAAUGUAUUUCAUAACAAGAGAACUACUUAUAGUGACUUGGAACACCAAAUGUUUUUACCUUUUUUUUCAGAUUGAUAAGCAAUUAGCAAGUGGUGAAUACUUUAUUCAGGAAAAGGAAAGAAAACUAAAGGCGUGGCAAGAAAAAAAGGUAAAUUUGGUCCCCUGGUGGGUGGUACGACGUACCAAGGCAUAUCACAGAAAAAGAAACCUUUUUGCUCUGUAAAGCCCUGUUAUCUGUUGGCUGAAGAAAAUUACUUAGGGCAAAAUGAUGGCAGUUUCCCAGAAACCUCAAUUGAUCCGAAAAUUACUGCUGUAUCGCGAUGGCGAUUGUCAUAUCGCAAUCUCGUAUGGGAUCAGAAUCGCAACUGUUGUAUAGCGAUGGCGAUUGCUGUAUUGCCGUCGCCGAUUAACAUUAAAAGGCUAACUCGAGAUUUCUAAUGGUGGAUAUUUGACGGGGGGCGAACCCGGGCUAUUUUCAUUUCAAAUAUGGUUUCAAAAAUCGUAGAAGAAAAACCAGGGAAAACUGUCGAAAUCUAAUCCUUGCCUUAAGUCUAGGUUAUCAAUGAUGGUAUCGAUUGUUCACAAUAGGGAAAUAAACAGCUUCUCAUCUGCCUGUUUAGAUUAGUGCAGUUAUCCACUGAGGUCAGAUCGAAGUUGUAUUGCUCUCUGUGAAACAUCUCAAUCCAGUUGUGAUGUAGCAUUUUUACCAGGGGAGGGGCCCCGCCCCCUUUUUAUUUUUAGACCAAACUGUGUCCCAAAGGGCCGGAAAAAAACAGCCCCUCCCCCCCUUCCCUGGUUCACCCACUGUUUACCUGUGUUUUCUUCAGAGUUACUCGUUUUUAUUUUCAUUUUUAACCGCGGCAGGAUUAGCUCAGUCGGUGGAGCGCUUGACUACAGAGCGGGAGGUCGCGGGUUCGAUUUCCCGGACCGGACCAACACUCAGGAGCGCUUACCUUUUGUACGGAAAUCUCGGUGACAAUUUUCCGUCAAAUGUUACUCGUAUUUUUUUUAGCACCGAAAGCAGGAACGGGAUUGAGUUGUUCCAUUUACAAAAUACCGUUAAAUUUUUCGCUCUCUCUCGACAUAAAGCCUGGCACUAGUAAUUCAGACAAAUGGUACAGAAAAUUUUGGUCGUUUCGGUGAAAGCGGGAAAAAGGUAAUACCUCGAAACGUAUUACUCUUUUUCCGGAAAAUUUCCACCGGGAUGAACUGUUCCAUUUGAAUUCUCCCCGGAAUUUCCGGGUUUUCCAUACAAAUGGUAAGCGCUCCAAGUCUUAAAAUGACUGAGAAAUGAAGUUACUUCCUUUGCCCUGAAAAUGGCUAGACCUCUGCGUUGCUUGGAUGACCGCUUAAAAUGGUGGUCCUGUCUCCAGUACGAGAUGUCGCAAUUAGUGCUUUCGUAUUAAAUACAUUGACACUCAAAUAAAGUACAUUUUUUUGGUGCGAAGAAUAGCCAUAAAUUCACCACUUUAAAAUCGAGAAGGAAACUGGGACGAGUUAACUUUCGCGCAGACUCCGAUUUAAAACUGCCAUCUUCCCCUCCCUAGCGGAGGGGAGGGGUAGGUGGUCAGUUACCUAGAAACUUCCAAUGAUCCGACAAUUGUAUUGUUUUAAUGUGUAUAGGUACGGCAGGCAGAUGCCGAAGAAAAGAGAAAAACUCAGCGAGAGAAGGCAUUCAUCCCACCAGUGGAAGAUAAACCCAAAAAGGAGCUCAAGAAAAAAGGUGACUUUUCAAUGUUCAGCAGUUUUCACUGUUAUCGAGAGGCAGGAAAAGAAAGGGAGAGCUCUUCUUUCUCCUUUCUUUCCCCCCUCGCUCGUGAUUUUCUCUUGGCUCGCUUCGCUUCACUAAUGGCAAAUGGAGAGCUCGCUUGCAUUAGGCUAUAAAAUUUCGUAGUAUUCGUCCGUUAAUUCGCUAUUUAUUGAACCAGGUUAUGUCAGUUAUUCCAAAAACGUUCGAGCAACUUUUGAUAUUCAUUCCACUAUAGGUAGCCAAUGCUCUAAAUAUGAGCGUCGGCACGGAUGCGCAAACCUCGCAAUAUAAACGAUUUUUGAAAAGAGGAAGGGGAAAAACGCGAUUGUUUCCGUAACCAACGUGUAUGACGGAAUCUAUUCAUUGUGUUUCUUCUUUCUUGUGUGGUCCCCGAGCGGAGUAAUGCUUAUUAUAUGGAAGGUUACGUAACAAUGCCGACGCUCACACUUUGUGCUUAGGGUACCUGUCAUGUACAUGAAAUUUGCUUUUGUUAAAUACUCUUAAGGUAAGGCACAGAGAAGUGAAUAAAUAUAAGAGUGUGCACCCAAGUAUACGCUCCCACAGCGUCUAGUUCACAUAGGAAAAGACACGAUUAGACACCUGCUUGAUAUGGGGAGACGCAUUUUAGACGUCAUACCUAGGCCCUUUUCUUUUUACAUAUAGAUGAUCAACCUUGGCCUUCCUAGCUCAAAUAAACACAGCUGUGAUGUGGGAAUUGUGAGUUAGGCAUAACUUGACCUUGCAAAACUUAAACGAUUCAGUGACUCAGGCGAGUCGUAAGAAAGAGAAAACUGAGUUCUUCCAUGAGGAGCGGAAGCUUCGGUUCUUCUGGCUGCACGUCCACUAGAUCCUCUAGGAAACUCUACCGCUGAACUAUGCUCUUCAUAUCCUCACGUUUAGCAUAAUUUCCAUGAUAAAAAGAAAGACAGUUUUCAACAAAACAGAGUCAAUACAGGCUGCAAACACACAGUUAUUAGUUCAAACCCAGUCCCUAAAGAGCUUUUUGAUGGGGUCGGGGUACUUGUAACCGAACAUUUCAAAGUCUGUGCGGUAAAUCUCCGCAAUUCUAAUAAUGCGAUCCAGCGGUAUUUGUGAAUAGUAUCCCCUUAGCAAUUCUGGUGUCCUGGAUCCAUUGAACGAAGGGAAUUCCACUUCUUUGUUCAAAUGCAGCUUUUCUAAAAUGUAAUCAGCAUCCUCUUUCGCAGUGUCGAAGUAACCGAUAUAGUCGUAGUUGAUUGCGCAUGGGUAGCAUGUCUGGUGUGCAGGGCGCCAGUGCAUAUCCCACGUGGCCUUAUUUGGCAAUGUGUCAAUGUAUGACGUAAAUUCGUCAAACGUUGGCCCAGAACACUCAACGCAACUGUCUGUUUUUCCCGCAGAACGACGAACCUUGUUGACUAUAUCUUUGCCCAGCUUAUUAUACAGUUGAGUCGUUUUUCCGACGAACUUGUCCCUAUAGGCUGAUAACAGUCUUUCGAAAGGCUCCCGAACAAAGAAAAACUUUUGGUAGGAAGCCAGCUUUUCUUGCCUUUCUUUCGGUUUAUAGCUGUUCAGAAAUUUAAAGAGAUGAUAGUCAAAUAGGUCGAUAUCGCGAUUUGGCGUAACAGGACGAAUGGAGAGGAUAUUUAGAAGCGAGUCUUUCCAUUGACUUGCUCCCGUUUUUGGGACGUAGCAAAUGAUGAAUUUAUGUUUGUCGCUGACCACAAAGUUAAAGUGGUUUCGUUUGGGAAAUUGGUGAAAUAUUUCCGCGUUGUUUUUGGAGUCGUUGCAGUAUUUUCGUAUCCUUUGUAGACGAUCGUGCUGUCUCUUUUCGUGGUCAAUCUAAAAAAUAGAAAAGAAAUUAUUUGAAACUUUCAUGCAACUUUAUCUACCGUUGCCCCCAGGUGCUAUAUCAUCCUGUUCAGCUCUACAUUUUUGUGUCAAAAAAUUCGUCACUCAUCUUUUCUCCUACUAGGAAUUUCGCUUUCUCAACGAGUCAUCUCGUUUUCCCAGUCAAUCCAGAUCUCUGUCGAAUCGAAUCUUGGAAUCAGAUCUCUGUUACAAAACUGUAAUAACUGUAAGCAAAAGAUCAAAGGAUGCUUCCAAAAGGAAAAUAAAGCAAUCAGACUAGGAAAAGUUGGCCCACGUUUUUCAAGUUGCAGUCCACAAUCCAUUUCCGUUCUGAUAACCGUCAGCCAACGACAUGCACUUAUAAGACUUAAUUCAGGUGGGGUGGUAUAAUAGUAAUUUUAAACAUAACGGAACCAUACUUUUGGGUUUUCUGUUUUCUAGGGUUUAAGGCAAUAGCUCAAAUUCAUGACACUGUUUCUUGUGGACAUCCUUAAUACCUAUAAAUAUUAUUAUGAUUAUUAUUAUUAUUAUUAUUAUUGUUAUUGUUAUAUUAAAAUACUAAUUUACAAGCUCACGCCAUUAUCGACUUUCUAAAAUUAGCGAAAACACGCUUGGCUAGCGUUUAAGCGGCAGUCAUCAUAUGACCAAUUUACAUUCCACUAUCAAAGACUAAAAUUUUGAUGAAAUAAAAAUAGUAAAAAGAUGCUAAAGCUCACGCCAUUAUCACUUUCUAAAGUUAGCGGACACACGCUUGGCUAGCUUUUAAGCGACAGUCAUCAAUGAAUUCUCUUGGGGAAUUUUGUGGAAAGGUGUCCUGGAACCACUUACGCCUGUGCGUACGGACCUUAAAAUAAUAUUAAAUAGAUGUUAAUAGCAAUCGUUGUUAUUAUUAUGAUUAUUAUUGAUGUUAAUAUUAAUGUUGAAACAAUAUCUUACAUUACAGUCAGUGCCAAAUAGUUAGACGUAAACAAAAGAAGACGAUGAAAUUAAGGUGUAUCACUGCAUAGUUGCCUACCAGUUAAAUCACUCUAACACCUAUAAUUACUGUUAUUAAUAUUGUUAUGAUUAUGAUUGUUAUUGUUGUUAUUAUUAUUAUCAUUAUUGUUGUUAUGAUUAUGAUUGUGAUUAUGAUAUUAUUUAAUAAUAAAAAUUAUCUUUAUUAGAUCACUAGUUAACACUGCAAGAAAUAAAACUUCAUCCGGCGAUUGUUAAAUCAGAGAUGUCUUUUCAGGUUUCAGAAAGAAAAAAAUCCCUUUUCCUCAAAUUUUGCCAGCUGGAUCUCUGGGAUAAAUAAAUCUACAGAUAUUAAAAGACUGUAGGCAGUCUAGAUUAAGCGAGGACUUGAGCCACUUUACCUGUGUUGUUUUUGGGGCAUUUAAAGCUGCAUCCGGUGACGUCAUCUGGUGAACAGUCUGCCGUUGAGAUCCUGUGAAUAACAAUUAAGGUGGCUUGAUGGGUUUUUUCAGGGUCAAUACCUCCCAAGUUUGAGCAUAAACUACGUCGCCAGUAACAAGCAUGUAGAAAAAUUACCACCACAGCUGUAUUAGAUAAAGACGAAAAUUUGUCAUAGUCAGGGUUACAAUGACUUCAGUGUUGGCGUUCCAUACCUUUUCCUCAAAUUUUGCCAACUGGAUCUCUGGGAUAAAUAAAUCUACAGAUAUUAAAAGACUGUAGGCACCCUAGAUUAAGCGAGGACUUGAGCCACUUUACCUGUGUUGUUUUUGGGGCGUUUAAAGCUGCAUCCGGUGACGUCAUCUGGUUCCCAAGUUUGAGCAUAAACUACGUCGCCAGUAAUAAGCAUGUAGAAAAAUUACCACCGCAGCUGUAUUAGAUAAAGACGAAAAUUUGUCAUAGUAAGGGUUACAAUGACUUCGGAGUUGUCAUAGCAACGUAACGACGACAUUAUCUAUUCUACUUGCAGCCGUAUUUCUCGGCACGAGGAGCUCUUCUUCCAAAAUCGUUCUCGACAGCUUUUUUUUUAAAUUCUUGAGAUUAACUAUCGUUUUAUAUGACCUUAGAGUUUCAAGAUUAUUGAUAUCUUGUAAGGCAGUAAAAUAAGCGCUACAAUUCGCUAAUUUGUUGUCGGAAAUUUUGUGUUAACUAGUGAGAGCCUCUCAUUAUUUAGGAUAUUGUAUCCAGGUUUCAUUUGACGUGAGCAGCAGUAACUAACAAUGCAUUUGGUAUAUGGAAAGAUGUUAGCUAUUGUUGUGUACGAAAAUAUGAAACUUGGAGACAAUACGCCCCCUGAAUAAUGAGAGGCUUUCACUUGUAAACACAAAAUUUCCGACAAAAAAUUAGCGAAUGUAGUGCUUAUUUUACUGCCUUACAAGAUAUCAAUAAUCUUGAAACCCAAACGUCAUAUAAAACGACGGUUUAUCUCAGGAAUCUAAAUUUUUUUUAAAACAAAUCUAUCGGCGGUUUUCAAAUUAUCCGCUCAUUUGUUUAAGCAGACCAAAAUGUCUACAAAACCGUUAACUAGAGCGUCUCGAUACCUAAUAAUCAAAUCCUUCUUUCUAGCAAUCGGCUAGUCCCCAUGACCUUUCACACACGUUUUUAAAAAGAUUGAAACUACUCUCAGGUGAAAUUGCAUUUCAAAAGCGCUUCGAUUUCUACCGCUAACGGCCGAACAUCAAGACUGCCCAGUUUUUACUGUAUUUCUAACCAUAAAAUCGUCAUCCCAAAUAUCUCAAUAACGCUCUCAUAAACUUCGCUUAAACUUCACUAUUGUCGAGGUGGCUAUUGGAGGAAAACACUCUCGUGAACUAUUUCGGAAGAAGAGUCCCCAAUACUAAGAAAUACGGCUGUAAGUAAAAUAGGUAAUGACGUCAUUUCGCUGCUAUGACAACUCCGAUGUCAUCGUAACUCUGAUCAUAACAAAUUUUCAUCUUUAUCCAAUACAGCUGUCGUGGUAAUUUUUUCCAAAUCCUUGUUAAUGGCGACGUAGUUUAUGCUCAAACUUUGGAGGCACUGACCCUGAAAAACCCCAUCGAGCCACCUUAAAAAAAAUCCAGGUUGAUUCAUUAGUUAGUAGUCCCCGGGACUAUUGACAAACCAAGGCCAUGUCCACACGAGUCUGGACAUCUUUUAUCCGGAUGAGUGUGGACGGGGCAUUAAACUUGCUCUCCCGGAGAGCGGUUUCAAGACAACAUUAGGGGCAUUUAGAUGCAACGACGGGGACGACCACGAGAACGCCAAUAAAGCAAUAGGUUGAAUAGGCAAAACAGUAACUUUGUACGUGCAUCACGCUUUUUUGUAGAUUUCUUUGCCGUCACUGCACGACUAGGACGGGAAAAUGCCUUAUUUCACGUUUUGUGAAGGACGUAAACAAGCGACCUCGCUUUUGGACAAACUAAGAUCGCCAGCUCCUAGUGAUUAUCAGUUUAUCAGGUUAUAAUGUCGUUUAAAUAUUUGGGAUAUUUAGAAUUUUUUAACGAUAUUUAAUGGACAAAAGCGAGAUAUUUAAGAAAAAAAACAGGAAUUUUCGGAGACAUAUUUAGGCGAUUUUACGUGAUAUUUGCAGCUAGGCCUACCCCGAGAAUUAGCCUAACUAUGCUUUAUAAAUAAUUGGCGUGACAAAUAUAAUUUAAGAGUCGAGAUUGGUUCUAUACAGGUCACGAAAUACAGACGUUGUUUGGUAAACAAACCGAAAUUCGACUCGCAGAGGACAUGUUGAGGUUGACCUCACAACAAAGCGUCUAACAUGGAUCAAUUUUCCAUACGUAUGUCUGCAAAACGUUCUAUCUCCACGCCAAAAUUUUUGUAUAAAAAUUUAUGGAAACAAUUAACCUAGGUCAAAACCAUUUUCUGUGUCAAUGUCGAAAUUAUUCAGUUUGCGUAACAUAGAAAAUAGUGUGUAAAAGACUUCAUAGGUUGAUGGGCGGUUUGUUCGUUACUCUGUACUACAGAGCAUCCUUCAUCCCGCGCCCGAUGAUUAUAAUUAGUUCUGAGAUACAGUGGAAGCUCUCGUGAGCGCGGGACACCCUCGGGACGCGUAAAAGAGUCCGUAACUGGAGCUGGCCGCUUACGGGAAUGGAAAAAUACAGAGUUUGAACGGGAGUUGAGAAAAACGGGGUUUUGUUAAGGCGGCCGUAGGUAGAGCUGUCCACCUACGAGAGUGCUUCCACUGUAAAUAUCACUUCAUUCAGAAAGCCACAUUUAGAGAAGGAUUUAGACUCCAACCGUACCUUCAAUGAGAAGCUGUUUUAUAAACAGAAUUCCAGUUGCUAUGCAAAAGACCAAGCCGCACACUUUUCGUUUCCGUAAGAAUGUUGUUCGGUUACAUAAACGUCGUUUAAGCUGAGAGAAAGAGGCCAUCCUCUCAAAAAACUGCAAAGAAUCGUGAACGUUCUUGCUUCUUUCAAGCGAAAGCGACUACGACGGUACAUCCUACGGGCAAAUCGAUAUGAUCGAUGAUUAGUAUCAUAAGCCGAUAUAGCGAUACAUUACUGAGGGUCUUACACAUAUUUGAAUGGCUACGUAGGUCACGCAAUUUUCUGGCACUUACAGUUUUUGUAUGUCAAAAAUAUCUAGAGGACGUGAGGCUCGCUUUGUUAAGUUACCAGUUGAAUUGUUACGAUUUUGAGAAAGGGUCUGCAUCUCUAUAAUCGUGGUACAUUAGAAGUGUAGCUAUUGUUACAAGUGUAGCUAUUGUUUUAAGGUGGGUUUCCACUGUCGCGUAUUUUUUACAUGCCUACGCACUUAAAUUUUACGCGCGUAAAUAAAAUAAAAGCAAUGUAUAAAAACUGCGCGUAAACGGGUUCAACUUUUACAUUUACGCGCGACCGUCCCCGCCGGACAUUGCCUCUCUUUUAUUUACGCACGUACGCACGUAAAAAUUACGCUGCAGUGGAAAUCCACGUUAAAACAAUGGCUACACUUGUAAAUUACACUUGUGUGUUUGUUUUAUUAAAUCGACCCUAGUAUAGUACAGUAAAAUAACGAUACAAUACAGAACAAUCUUAUAUUUAUCGUCUUGGCAACUACUUAGCAACCAGCGAGUCAGCCAAUGUGUUGAAAACGUUUAUUAUGAUCUGUCCUCCUCGCUCUUAGGUUAUAGUGACACUUUUGUUCUAAAACUAGUGAAGAUCAUCUCGUAACUAAGCUAUUACUGGCUGAAUUUUGAAUUAAGUGAGAUGUUUGAUAUGUGCAAACAGUCUGUCGCCCUGUGUGUGGUAAUCCAAGACAGUCUGGAGACAGUCUUGCAUUCUGGAUUUCACGCUGUGGAUUCCGGAUUGCAGGUACUGGAUUCCGGAUUCGAUAUCAGUGGAACUUGGAUUCUGGAUAAGUAUUCCAAUCAUUAAGGGGAGUUCGGAUUCCCUGGGCUGAAUUCUGGAUUCAAAUCCCACGAUUCCGUAUUCCACAAGCAAAAAUGUUUCUGGAUUCCGGAUUCCACAAGCAAAAUUUUCUGGAUUUCGAAUCCGUAUUACCAGUACCUUACACGGGGCGAAAUCUGUUGUCAUUGUUAGCUGGGCCGUGUACAAGGCUCGUGUGUGACACGUGUCCUGCAUACCUCUAUAAUCACCAGUGUCGAGUGUCGAUAGUCUCCUUCGCAACUGUUAUUACGGUCGUCACGCAACGCUGGGGAGGAGCGUUGCGUGACGACCCUAAUAACGGCUGCGAAGGAGACUACAGUGUCGAAUACGCUCUAUGUGGAAAUAAAAAGAGUCAGAUAGAAAAUCGAACGCAUUUUGGUGCUAGAUCUACCCUCGGAUAUGCAGUUCGUGCUAUACCCUUCGCAUUCGGGAGUUGAUUCAUUGAAGCCGUUGAUCACAGGUAGACUUAAAGCGCCUUAUUAAGUUUCACUGUCUUUAACACGAAGUGUUAAGUGAGGGCCGCAUUUUUGCAUUCCUUGCAGGUGCGAGGACCUCAUACUUGUUUGAGUCACAAGAUGGUCUAGUGCCUUUGUUUCCUGUUAUUUUAAUAGCUAACCCCCGCAAUCAGUCUUAAGGACCUCCCAUUUUCCACUUACUCCUCUUGUCUUUCCCUCACGCUGCCAAAGAUUACUGCUUAUGGAUUAUCCUUGAGUGCGCUACAGUAUCUGAAUAACAGACUUUUUAUUUUAUUCACAGAGAUUGACAAUAAAGUGGACAUCGAUACCCUAAAAAAGAAAAUUAAAAGUUCUCAGGUAAGAUAAGUUUUUAUUUACUGGCUUAUCUUUGAAUAGCCCACGUUCGAUAUAUCAAAAUUCUAACAUGAAUCCAAGGCUUUAGGGUCAAAAUGGCAAAAUUUUCACGACUCCAUUGUCUCGUAAUUUUCAGAAGAGACUUGAGCACAAAGAAAACCAAACCAAAUAUAGAAAAAAUGACCAGAAAGCCUCAGAUUCUUGUUAGAAUUUUAAUAUUUCGAACGUGGUCUAUUUGUUUAGGUGAAACUAACAGUGGGUCAGUCAGCUUGUCUGUCUGUUUAUCAGACACUUGACCCACUUUAUGUGACUAACAGUCAGUCAAUACGUCUUUUAGACAAAGGCAGUCGCUUACGAUGACUAUGACUCCAGCAAUCAGUCAUUGGUUAUCGAAUCUGUCAGUCAUUUUGUCCGUUUUGUACUCACAUUCACUCAGGCAGUCAGUCUAUCCAUCAAGCCCAAGUUUUUCAAAAGGUGGUAACGCUAUUCGCAUCCACUUGUUAAAACUUUAUCCAGUGGAAAUCGCUGCUGGAUUGUGCUAUCCAACGUUUGAAGAACCAGAGCAGACAUUCACUGUCGUUCACUAUCAGUCAGCCAGUCAGUCUCUUCGUCAGCCAGACAGUCACCAGGUAUAGAGCAGGUCACUCUUUGCUCAAGUGAUCUGGAGGAUUUGGAGCGCGUCGGACUUGAAAGUGCGUCUUGCCAUCGCACUUUGCACUCUGCGUAGCGAGCGAAGCACAGGAGCGCAUGUGAAAAUUGCCAUCAACUUGGAAGUUUAUACACGUUUAUCAUCCUUCUCCUCCCUUUGCGUGUUCUUUAGUGGGGUUCCUGGCUCUUCUGUUUACUCCGUUAUGAAAGCGAAAAACAAUUAUUUCGACAGUUUAAACACAUAUUCAGACUUAAGCGCAAACCAGUUUCAACUUGACUGAUAAAUCACUGGUUAAAUUAAAUCAAAUCACUUGUUUAUUGUCUCUUUUGUAGGAUACCUUACAAGCAGUGAUAUAUAUACUAAUACGCUAAAUUUAUUGACAAGAUUGAUAUUUAACACUAACAAAAUUUGAGAAACGUUCAGUCCUUCUGGCCAUGGGCCUGCUAGAACUCACUGAUCUUAGACGCACACUGGUAGAUAUAGGUACCACUCUGUUGUGUAUUAGUGGGUAUAACGGGUUACCUGGCCGAACCUUACCUAUAAAUUUAAUACAUGAGAUUGUCCGACGGUCAGAAAGAGUGGAUAAUGCAGCUUUGUCAAGUGCUGUUUCAUAUGAAAUACCAGGCCAAAUGAUUGAAAGGCCAUUUCUGCACGUUCUCGAGAUAGCAAUUUCAAUUCAAUUUUAAUGCAAUUCAAUUUUAUUAUUCACACUUUAUAAAAUAUUAAGGUGACUCGACCCAGUUUUUUGGGGGGGUACCAUCCUACUUUGAAGCUCUCUGGCAUCCCCACCUUUACUUUUAUCGUAAGUCUAACACAUAGAAUGGAUAACAUAUAGAUCAAUCUACAAUAUAACAUAAAAUUUUUGGCGAUCGGAGUAAAUGGUUAUAAUACCACGCCCCUUUGAAGUCUGAGUCGAAAAUCUGCUGUUGCCGGGAUUUUUUCGUGAAAAUCUCUCGGCUACACAUAGUGCGCUUUAGUGCCUUGCGCUGAACAGAGUUUCACCAAAAUCACAAAGACCCAAUUCGAGAAAUUCAGCGGUUUCCAAAUUUAGGUCAUAAUUUAUGCGAAAAUGAUAAGCAAACUUUACACGGAUUAUAUCUAAUAAACUAUGAGAUUCAUCUCUGUAUUUUGGGCAUCCUUAUAACAGAUGGGUCCUUGCAAGUCAGCAAAACGCUUUAGGGCCUUGUAAAUGCGCGCAAUUUCGAGCAAAGCAAACAUAUACAAAUGAUAGUUUUCGCUAUUUGUUGACGUUUGUCAGCGUUUAAGAGUCAAUCUCACGAAAAAAGCAUUUUCUUAAAAAUUCGUUGUUUUUUUUCCUUCAAAUUUUUUCAGGGCCACAAUUGAUUAACUAACUACCCGGACUCUGAAUUUCAUGGUCAGUGAAAAACUGUGACAUUACCUUCUAUAAGCCCAAACUUGAGUAAACAUUGAAGAUUUUUAGCGUUUUGGCUGAGUUUGUACUUUGGGAGUUGUCUAUUGUUUCUAGUCUGUCAUUAUACAGCAUUCUUGUUCAGCACGCGUGCAAUGACCACGCUUGGCUGACUUCCGAAUACUCACCGAGAUGGGAUAAUUUAGUAUAAGAAAAUAGAAGGGAUUCCCGUCACGAGUUGGUUUAAUUAUUGGCUUGCAUUAAACCUUUGAAAAAAUGAUAUUUUUUUUAAAUGGUAAGUAGAUUUAGUGUGUAGCACUUCUUGAUUUUUUUGCAAAGGCACAAGAAGCACGAGAAUUGAUUAAAAAUUGUGAGUUAAACCUCUAUGUAUCACGCGAUGGCCUGUCUCACUGUACCAAAAUUAUCAUAUCUCGGUGAGCAUUCGGAAGUCAGCCAAGCGCGGUCAUUGCACGAGUGCUGAACAAGAAUGCUGUAUAAUAGAGAGUUUUAGAUUCGAGUUUACCGCGAACCUCUAACUGCUGGAGGUCACGUGACAAGUCUUUCGGGUCACGUUUGAGGUUUACGACGUGCGUUUUCAACGUGGGGAGAUAGGUUUUCACGUAUGUCAUUUACCUGGAAGCUUUUAGCGUAUAAUUCUUGUUUUAUCCCACGUAAUGAUACAAAAAUCUUGUGGAGCAAGUCUUUAUCCAUUAACAGAGGCACAAAUUCGGGCAAAAUGCUAAAUUUGAUAAAUCCUAUUGGACCUUGAAAACAAGUGUCAUUCAUGGCUGCUGAUGCGAAAUGGCGGCAGUAAUCUAGUCCACCGUCAAUCUAAAUCGAAUUAUGUUUGAACGUCGAACGGCAGACGGGUAACCGCAAACCGCGGUUAGAGGUUCGCGGUAAACUCGGAUCUAAAACUCUCUAAUGACAGACUAGAAACAAUAGACAACUCCCAAAGCACAAACUCAGCCAAAACGCUAAAAAUCUUCAAUGUUUACUCAAGUUUGGGCUUAUAGAAGGUAAUGUCACAGUUUUUCAAUGACCAUGAAAUUCAGCGUCCGGGUAGUUAGUUAAUCAAUUGUGGCCCUGAAAAAUUUGAAGGAAAAAAAACUACGAAAAACUACGAAUUUUUAAGAAAAUGCUUUUUUCGUGAGAUUGACUCUUAAACGCUGACAAACGUCAACAAAUAGCGAAAACUAUAAUUUCUAUAUGUUUGCUUUGCUCGAAAUCGCGCGCAUUUACAAGGCCCUAAAGCGUGUUGCUGACUUGCAAGGACCCAUCUGUUAUAAGGAUGCCCAAAAUACAGAGAUGAAUCUCAUAGUUUAUUAGAUAUAAUCCGUGUAAAGUUUGCUUAUCAUUUCCGCAUUAAUUAUGACCUAAAUUUGGAAACCGCUGAAUUUCUCGAAUUGGGUCUUUGCGAUUUUGGUGAAACUAUGUUCAGCGCAAGGCACUAAAGCGCACUAUGUGUAGCCGACAGAUUUUCAUGAAAAAAUCCCGGCAACAGCAGAUUUUCGACUCAGACCUCAAAGGGGCGUGGCAUUAUAACCACGUGACAUUUACUCCGAUCGCCAAAAAUUUUAUGUUAUAUUGUAGAUUGAUCUAUAUGUUAUCCAUUCUAUGUGUUAGACUUACGAUAAAAGUAAAGGUGGGGAUACCAGAGAGCUUCAAAGUAGGAUGGUACCCCCCCAAAAAAAAACUGGGUCGAGUCACCUUAACAUCAUAUAUAAUAAGGUAAGAAUACCCUAAUAAAGUAGAAGAAGAAGGAAAAAAAAAGAAAAUUAAUGACUUGGGUAGAAGUGUACGGUGGUCAGAGGAGCUUAGCUUUCGAGCUAACCACCGCAAAGCAAGCAAAAUACUUAGGCAAGCCAGCAAAGACAGCGGAGGCGUUCUGUAGUAUAGAGUGAAUUAGCGCGCAGUAGAUAUGAACAAUAUCAGCCGUCGGAACUUUGCACUUCUUGAGUUGUCAUAACAACACAACAAACACAAAAAAUAUGCAGAGCAAACAAACAAGUGGCCGCCAUGACUGGCGCCGCGGUCAUACAUACAUCUAGAUACUUAGGAUACUAUGAUACUAUGAUCUGCAUAUAGCAGAUACUAUGUAUACUACAGAUACUAUGAUCUGCAUAUAGCUGCAAUCUCAGUCAAAAUUGUUGGGACACUUUACUGUCUUCUCGCCCUCCCAAUGUUGAUGAGUUAACUGCGAUAAAAAACAUUGCUGGGAGGGAGAGGAGUCGGGCGAAAAUGUAAAAAACAACAGAGUUUGUUGGAAUUGUCCCAACCUUUUUUGUGUUAGACUGCUGGCUUAUCUUACGGCGGUAAUUUGUUGAGUCAUUAAUAUAAUCAUUAUAAUCUCUUGAUUUUACAGAAAAGAAAAAACUGGGGCCAAAGUUCACUGGAAACUCCAAACAAAAAGAAAAAAGCGAAAAGUUAAGAGUAUAAAAAAGAGUUGUAUGGAAACACUGUCAUCGACUGGUGCCAAGCCAGGACACUUCCGGGAGUCAUCAAAUGGAAUACGUGAGCCAAUUUAGCACAAGUAACCGGAUAUACAGUAUCCAGGAUAUCUUGUUUGAAUGGUUUAGGUGGUCUCGAGUGGUCAAACAGAGACUUCUCAUAGUUUUGUUUCGUUCAAUUAUUUGAAUCCAUUGUUCGAAGAGGAUAGGUCAUAAAAUACUGUGAAUACCGUAAAAUUCCGAAAGUAAGCCCCGGGGCUUAUAUUUUUUAAAGGCCCUUUUUGAGGGGCUUAUUUUUGGAGGGGCUUAUAUUCGGAGGGGCUUAUCUACGGAAGGAAAUUUGCGUUUCAAAAUAGAUUGGGCUAGGGCAAUUUUCCAAGUACAAGGCUCUGGGGGGCUUAUAUUUGGAGGGGCGAUUUAACGGCCGGUUUUUUGCGUCACCGCAUUGGGGGGCCUAUAUUUGGAGGGGCUUAUAGAUGGAGGGGCUUAUUUUCGGCAUUUUACGGUAGUCUCCUGCAUGUCAGGGCAAGACGAACCUCAUUCAGCAUGCGAUACCUACAUGUAGAUAGGCACUAAUGUACAUACCGUACUUAGCCUUGGGAGGUCGGUAGUUUUGAAUAGUAGAUCAUUCCGAUGAAACGUUUCGUUUCCCAUAGCCCUUUUAUUUUGUAGAGUGUUUCGGUGGGUCGCUCAGACUGAAGACGGAAUUAUGUUCUCAUUAAAACCAACGUAACGUUUACUGAAAGCGUUCAUAAACAUUCUCGAGUAACACCCAAUAGUAUGACAGCCGAUUUUGCUAUUGUAAUCUGUCAAAACUUGUCGAAACGCUUCUUACUGAAAGGCAGUGAAAAGAAAUGAAAAAUAAGAUUGUCUAGACUUCACUGAUAUUUCCUAAACACCCAGUUUUUGCAGGCAGGAAACUGUUUUGAUAUUGGUCGUUUUGAAAAUCAUCCUUCUUUAAAUGGUUCAAUUCAGAAUUUUACAUUUUAAGGUGAUGUUACACGAUACGAUUUGUGAUGACGAUUUUUAGGACAACAAUGUUGAAACAAUGUUGCAUGUAACAAUUUCAGGCAGUGUCGCAACGAUGGUGCAAGCAACGCUGUUUUGCGCUAGGUGAAAAGCCUCGUUGCCAGUCGUCCCAUGUAACAUCGCCUUUAAAUGAGCUGCGAAAACGUCCAAAAGGUUUUUGAGAGUGGACUUAUCUCUUUUGAUCGCUAAUUUCGAAUUAUUAUCGAUGGAAAUUUUUUUUGCUAGCAGGGAACGGUUUUUCAGUUUCAUUGUUUUUGUUGCUGUAUUAAUUUUCGGUUUCGAGUAAAUAAUUUUCUCUUUUACCGUCUCGUGUACUGAUAUAUUACGACUUAUUGAUAUUUCGAGCAAUAUCAAUUUGCCGUCUUUCCUCUUGGAAUUGAUAUACCCAGUGCCCAUGUUUAUACAAUAAGGAUGAGUCUAAUCAAGGUUAAUCAAGUAGAAACAUCACUGGAAAACAUUUCUCAAAGAUUUUAUUGGGCUUUUUCUCCAAGUAAUGUAGAUACAUAUUUUCACUGUUUUCAACUAUUGGUGAGAACCAAAAUUAUGGAACUAUCGCUAGCGGGAAGCAGAUCCUAAUAGUCAUGUCUUUUAAGUUAACCGUAUAUACUGAGACGCCUAGAUUUUAUCAACGUUUCCCGAACGAUCAAUAUUAAUGGAACGGAACGUUUCGUGGAGAUACCUUUGUCGCAAGUUAGUUUCGUCUAAGAAAACCAGUGCUCGCCAAAGAUUUCGCCAUAUUUGCUUUCGUUAAAAGAUGCGAGUUUUAUCUUAGUUCUUUCUAUGGAAAAAAUUGUACAGAUUUAAGAAACAUCCAUUUAUAACAUAAGAGCCACGCGUUAGAGAUAAGCAGUUAGCAAAAUAUUAUUUAUUGAGGCUCUGUCUCUGAGCGUUUCUUCUGAAGAUCUCGUACAACACAGCAGAAAUAAAAAGGGUUCUUCAACAAAGUAUUGGUAUGAUUAAUAUAAAUAAAUCAGUUUUUUUAAACCAAACUGUGGCUCUUAAAAAUCUUGUUUUCUUGAGAACGGAAGGAAAAAUGAGGCACUAAUCCAAAGGUAACCAAAUGAUUGGGGUUUUUAUCGGGAAAAAUUCCAGCCUCUAAGAAAGUAAAUUUCCGCUUAACUUUUAAUUCAAAUUGCUUUCUUGAAAUCUGUUGUUAUCUCUUUGUGUAUUGUGUAUUCUUCUCAAAAGAUGAGAAGCUUUUGGAAUUGAAGCUCCGACGAAUCGCUUCAAAUCCACCGAAAUUCCUUGUUCAUCUGGCCCCGAUUGUUCAAACAUUAGAUAGUGCUAUCCACAGGAUAAAUCACUAUGCAGUGGAUAAGUAUUAAUUUAUGAGGAAAACCAAUUGCAUCAUCCACUGUAUAGGGAUUUAUCCAGUAGGUAGCGUUAUCCACCUUUUUGACCAACUGGCACCUGCCUGUGUGAUUAGUGUUCAGGUGCUGACUCAUCCCAAUUCGUCUCUAUUUGGAUCGCACGCGCGGAGGACGGAACGCGAGAAGCGUGACCAAAGGGAGCGCGAGGGGUGAUGGGAAGGAAGGAAACAAAAGGACAGACCCCUGCCCAUCACCCCUCAGUCUUCCCUUCAACGCGCAUCUCACAUCAAUAUUACUAGGAGACCAGGUGACGACUGGGGACGAGUCAGGUUCAGGUGAGCAAUUUUAAUUUAAAUUCGUCAACAACAAUAACAAUAGUCUCUAUUUUCCCUAUCAUUAAGUUUUACAAAAGUGCACUGGCUCGGCCGCAGGUAGCUAGAGAUAAUGUUGGCGGGCCGGUCAAUGUACGUGUAAGGAAUAUUUAAUUUUUUAUUCGUUCAUGUACAUGUUUGUUUAUAUAUAAUUUUAUAAUAAGGAACGAUUAUCCCAUUUACAAAUGAGAUAAUCAGGUUAAUUUUGAACAAUUUGACUAAAAACUACGCGUCUGCGCGUUCUCAAGUCAAGAGCAAUUUUCCCUGUCAGAAAGGCGAAGUUUUCCCCACGCACGCUCAAAUUCCGUGACACUCGUGUAGGCAUUACCAAAGGAGGAGCCCAUUGCUGAAGGUCUUGGGCUACCUGUGACUAAGCGCAACAACCCAGGUUAGGUAUUGUAGUUAACCAUACAGUCCAAUCUCUUAUGCUGCGAUAUCCACACUUACUCCAGACUUCAUAAAAGAACAACGCUUUGAAUCAGAUGAAACUCGAGUUCUGGAACCCCCGUACUAUCAUAUUCAGAUCUCACUCUGUCUUUACGCUGUUAGGAUCCCAAUUGACCGGUCUUCUCUUACGCGGCCGUGAUUUGGGCCGCCACUCCACUCGGAUGUUGGGGAGAAAGAGAGGUAGCGCACUUAAGAAAGAGGUCAUGUGGCUAGAGGGUCGCGCAGGCAUAGCGGGCAGUGGCGGAAACAAAUUACUCUGAAAUUCCUAAUGAGAUUCCUCAUAACUAAGAGCCUGGAGCGUAGCUUAACGUACCAUGAAGCGGACAUGUUUUCGAACGUCAGAUGAGGCAAAUGUUCACCGCGCACAAGCCGAACACAAGUCAGCGGAAAAUGUAAGCAGGCGGCCACUUUUGAAUAAACUGGAGAGAAGAGCAACCUAUUGAGGAGGACAAACCGUUAGUAGAGGCUCUCGUAAGCUUCGCGAUACAUUUAAAGAGUGAAAAGAGAAAUUGUUACGGGCUACAAAUAGCGCCACCGGAGGUGUUAUUUUAACAUAAAGUGCCACUUUUCUUGUUGCGUCUUCAAAGAGCUUAGCUAUAUUACCUACCCCUCGAAGAAAGACGGGUUGACCAUCCUAGAUAUAGGGAAAACUCUCAGGUUGUUAGUUUUCUUUGGCAAUUAUAGCACAGAGCGCUCUGUUAGGUUUGUUUCCAUUCAUUUAUGGCACGGAUCUGCGAUUUUUAGCUUUUUUUAAGACUUCAGCUUUGUCCUGUCCCAGGAGCCCAUAACAGUGCCUGUCCCCACGAUUGGGCAUUUCCUUUUAUUCUUUAAGCCCCGCGGUGUUCUUUUUGUACGGUUGAAUCGGCUAACCCCAAAUGACCAAUGCCAGGAGCCCGAGAAAUACCCCGGGGCAGGCGAUCUCUCAUAGUCCUACCACGUGAGGCACCACGUGACACUUGAGGGUUACGCAAUAUGUGAAAAGGAGGAUUGGGUCGAGUGUAACAACAUUCACGGAUUUCGUAACGAUCCUUCCAGUUCAAAUAGUAGCGACAUUUCAUGAACAAUUUCACAGAAUUUUUAAACCUCCGGCCGGUAAGUAUUUUACUAUUGUAGAAUUUUAAAGGAUAAAUCUAAUUUAAAUGUAGUAGAGGAGCAAAGGGGUGUAAGCGCAGCUCUGCUUUUUGGAGACCCACGUGAGUGUGCAUCGUCUGUGGAUCUCUGAAGUGCUGUAGCUAAAGCUUAGGUAAGAAUUGAGUAAGCGUAUAAAAAAGUAUAUAGGGUAUUGAUAUGGGUUAGAAAUUGUUCUCAAAUGAAAAGAAAAACAGCUUUCAUGUUCAAAAAUACAGAGCAUUAUGUAUGCACCAUGCACAUGAUUGUCAUAUUCUACUUCAGAAAACGCAAAAAAUCGCGGUUUCUCGGAUCAGUGGUAUAUCAUGGACCGAAAAUGUGUCUUUGUCACAUGACAAACCAAAAAACAUGACCAAAGUUAAAACUAAAAACAUCGAUUCAUCUUGCUCUUGUUUGGAAAUGUGAACAGACCGGUGGUAAGCAUGAUGGGGCAUUUCGGUUUUGCAGUGGUGUAAACUGUAUUUUGGUUUGCUCUGAAAUUUAUAAUGUUUUUUUUUAAAUAAGAAAGGGUUAUCUUCGGUUUUUCGCUUUUUAUAAAAAGUAAAAGUGGUUUUGUGUUGGAAUGGUCUUUCCGUUUCCGGUUUCGAAAUGAAAGGUGCGUAUGGUUUCGAAGUUUUUCCAACAGGCUAGAUCAGGCUACGUUCUCUUGAAGAGUGUAAUUUGUGAAUUUGCCGGCCAUUUUGAUUACUGUUACCAAACGUCCGCGGUUUUUCGGUUUUCAUCAUUUUUAUUGCAGUUUCUAAUUUAAAUUUUGUGGUGUUGCAGUUUCCACUGGAAUACCUUUAUAACCCAAUCUUGCUCUCCACAGACAAGCCUCGAUGUUCUCAAAGUUGAACAAACAAUUUUAUAUUUUCCACCGUUCCCAAAAAGUGGUUGUAAGUUAUGGCCUAUAGUUAUAAAAAUUAUAGAAUCGUUAUUAAUAUGAUGUGCAUUUGAAUAUACAGAAAAAACCCUUGAGUAAGAACCUGCAUUUUCGUAAGUUGGCCUAAACAGAUUCUUACAUAAAUGGUAGUUAGUACAAAUUCAAGCUAUUUAGGUUCUUAAAUCGAUUUGUACUUUCUUAAGAAAAGGUAUAUUGUAGCUAACAGUAUUUAAUGGUAUUCGCAGCUUAUUUGUUAUAUAAAAUCUGCAUACCAUUACAUUGCAGUUGGAGUGGUAGGGCAUCUAUGUCUCUAUAGAGGGUCCUGAAUAUGUUGACCAAUCUUAUUUGCCCAAGUUUAGAGAUUUUUUUUAUAGAUUUUAGAAAAUAAGAACCUGUUUCAAAUUUUAGGCUAAACAGGUUGGUGUAUGGGGAGACCUUAACUGACGAAUUUUAGCCUAACAGGUUUUUAAAAACCAGGUUCUUACUCACUGGUUUUUACCGUUAAUCUUAGUCCCUAACUCCAGCAUAUUCUCUACAGCUCUGAGGUGAACUCAAGGAUAAUAAUAUUAUAUCAGUACAAAGAAAUCUCAUUUUAUGCCUGUUUUACAUAGGGAAUGGAAGCAUCAUUUACAGACAUCCAGAUACCACAAUGCCAUGAAUACUGCAAUGGUAACACAGCAGAGUUUUAUUGCCCAGAAUGUUCUGCUAUGUUCUGUAGCAGUUGUUAUGACAGGGAACACUGUGGGAAUGAGAGGAAAUCACAACAUGGCAAAGUCACCGAACUCCGAGCUAUAUGUUGCAUUCAUAAGCACACCUUGGAUUAUUUUAACCUCACAACACUGCAGCCUAUGUGCAUCAUUUGCAAAAAGGAGACUUCGCAGGCUUCGGAGCUCUCUGACCAUGUUAUCGACAAUAUAGAGACAACUGUUCCAAAGCUUCAGUCUCUUAUGGAAAAAAAGGUUAACACUGCUUCUGAAUUAAUUACCAGAUUAAACCGUGAAAUAGCUAUGGCUGAAAACGCUGCCAGGAACACAACAAUUUGUGCAAUAGAGUAUGUCCAAGAAUGUUUCGUUAAAAUUCGAAGGUAUCUUGAUGAGACUGAAGAGGAGAUAAAACAGGGGGCACGAAAGUAUUUUGACGACUUCAUGCAAUUUAAUGAAGACAGAGUGGAGUUUAUGAAUGCUGUCCGAAAGCUCAGGGCCCUUUCUGAAGAAGGCAAG